UCCCCGCACCGACGCCUUCGUUCAUGACCGGAUUUGUGCUUUGCUGCGCGAUGUAUAUGGACAGAAGCAGCCUGACCAGGGGUCCGUCCUCCUCCAGUCCCAGUGCGCUGAAGCCCACCCCCCUCGACCCCUCCUCCUGCUCCCCGUGUGGACUUCAGGGACCUCUGGAUGCCCCGGACACGUCGGCGUCCGGCUCUGGCCCGGCCUCUCUGGAUGAGGCGGCGGGGCAUGUGGACCCAGGGUUAGGGCCCGUGGACGAGGCUUUGUUGGUGAACGACACAGGACCUCCGGAGCUGCCAGGGGACGCUCUGACUCCCUCAACCAGGAAGAGACUGCCCUCGGGGCCUAAACCACAGAUUCCUCCAAAGCCGCCUCACCUCCAGCAGGUGUCCACGCCCAGGCUCCGCCCCCGAGCUCCAGAGAAGCCCCUCCCACCAGCGCCCUGCAGGCCCCUCCCCUCGGACCCCCGCAGCCUCAGGCCCCUCCCCCGAGAUGCCACGGCCUCCCCCACCUCUGUACUGUCGCUCAUCGAGAAGUUUGAACGUGAGCAGCUCAUCAUGGUCCCUGACAUCACCGGCGGAGCCCUGUGUCCCCGCCUCCCUGUCAGCGACAUCACAUGUCACCCGUGUUCCUCUUCCUCCUCCACCUGCUCCUCUCCCUCUCCUCCUUCAUCUCCAGUCCCACUUUUAGACCCAGACAACAAACUGCCUGAAACCGAAACAGUAGUAGAAGAAAAUCAACCAAUCGAUCAAGAGCAAAGUGCCAAAAAUGAUGACGACGAGGAGGACUUGGGGGCGUGUGCAGACGUCAACAAACGCUUGUCUUUAGAAUCUGGGUACAGCGCAUCAGAAAAACACCUGGAGGACAUAGUGGAGCUGAGAGACCCGCCCCCGCAGGUCAUCGGCCAAUCAGAGCUGCUGAAUGAGCGCUUGUCCCUCCCCUCCUCACAGACGGAUGGAAAAUUGGCCAAUCGGGACAGCGGCAUUGACAGCAUCAGCUCCCCGUCUCACAGCGAGGAGCUCUGUUUUGCUGGCGUGGACGAAGGGGGUGUGGCUUAUUCAUGCAGCCCCGCUCACAUCAGAGAAGAAGGGGGUGGGGUCAGGAGGAGGCGGGAUUUAUCCGAGGAGGGAGACAGCGAUCUGGAGGAAGAGGCGGAGCUUACACUGGUGCUGCCCGCGACAAAGACUGACAGACAGGAUUCAGUCGAACUACUAAUACUUCUAUUAAUAUUUCUACUAGGCCACUGAUUACUACACAUUACCACUACUACUACCGCAAACCUGAUGUGAGUACUGCGUUCUGUCAUUGUUGUUCAGGUGUUUUGUGCUCGUCUCAUGGAGGAGUCCCGGGCUCGCUCCUCGUUCCCCUGUGACGUGGUCCAGGGAAUCUUCUCAAACAUCUGCUCCAUCUACUGCUUCCACCAACAGUUCCUCCUGCCCGCGCUGCAGAAACGCAUGGAGGAGUGGGACUUGAAUCCUCGGAUUGGAGACAUCCUGCAGAAACUGGCCCCGUUCUUAAAGAUGUACGGAGAAUAUGUGAAGAACUUUGACCGAGCCAUGGAGCUGGUCAACAUCUGGAUGGAGCGGUCAGCUGCGUUCAAGGCCAUAAUACAAGAUAUACAGAGGGAGGAGCGCUGUGGAAACCUGACUCUACAGCAUCACAUGUUGGAGCCUGUUCAGAGGAUUCCCCGAUACGAACUCCUGCUCAAAGAUUAUCUGCACAGACUGCCCGAGGACGCCCCCGACUACAGCGACGCUCAGAAGUCUCUGGAGCUGAUCGCCACGGCAGCAGAGCACUCCAACGCUGCCAUCAAGAAAAUGGAGCGUAUGAGGAAGUUACUAAAAGUGUAUGAGUUACUGGGAGGAGAGGAGGACAUCGUGAAUCCAACAAACGAACUGAUCAAAGAGGGACACAUGCUGAAACUGUCCAACAAGAACGGGACCACACAGGACCGCUACCUCAUACUGUUCAAUGACAGGCUGCUGUACUGUGUCCCAAAACUGCGCCUGAUUGGUCAGAAAUACGGAGUCCGAGCCCGGAUCGAUGUGGACGGGAUGGAGCUGAAGGAAACCAGUAGCAUUGCAGUUCCUCGGACGUUCCUCAUUUCAGGGAAGCAGAGAUCUUUGGAGCUACAGGCCAGGACAGAGGAGGAGAAAAGGGACUGGAUACAGGCGAUCCAAGUGACGAUCCAGAGACAUGAGCAGACCAUGGAGAACUACAGACUCACCUGCUCCCUGAGAGACGAGGACUCCACCCCUCCACACUCACCGAGCUGUGUGGAGCUGGGCAAACGAGCUCCCACUCCCAUCAGAGAGAAGGAGGUGACUCUGUGCAUGAAGUGUCAGGAACCAUUCAACUCCAUCACCAAGAGACGCCACCACUGUAAAGCCUGUGGACAUGUGGUGUGUGGGAAAUGCUCAGAGUUCAGAGCUCGUCUCUCCUACGACAACAACAGAACCAACCGCGUGUGUGUGGACUGUUACUGCACUCUGGUGGGGGUUUGUCCAUCCGCCGCAGUGAGCACGAGCACCAGCAGGAGGCGCUCUAUACUGGAGAAACAGGCGUCUUUAGCUGCAGAGAACAGUGUGAUGUGCAGCUUCCUCCACCUAAUGGAGAAGAGCUCGGGGCGUGGGUGGCAGAAGGCCUGGUUUGUGAUUCCAGAGAAUGAACCGCUGGUGCUCUACAUCUACGGAGCUCCGCAGGAUGUGAAAGCCCAGCGCAGCCUGCCUCUGAUCGGCUUCGAGGUCUCUCUCCCAGAAGCGUGUGACCGUUUGGAUCGACGCUUCGCCUUCAAAAUCUCCCAGAGCCACCUCACCCUGUACUUCAGCGCCGACGGGGAGGAGCUCCAGCGCAGAUGGAUGGACGUCCUAUCGCGCGCCGGCCGGGGGGAGGAGUUACAGGUGCACCAACCAAUCGCAGAGAGCCUGGAGGAGGAGGGGGAGGAGCCAGCCCCACCCGAUGGAGACAAUACGUGACUCUGAUUGGACAAUAGUUACGAUGAAAACUUGAUAGAAAAGGCAAUCUCGGCUGUGUGUAUAACCGUUGGGGGUUCACUUGCAUGAUUUACACAAUAUAACAGCCCAAUGUCACUAAAGUGCGCAGGGCUUAAAAUAUUCUUCCAUUUUCAAAUAUUUACAAAACCGUCCAAUCACGAGUCUGAUGGAAAAAGGGACUCUAAAUACUCCGUUUCCCAUGAGCCUCUGCAUCAUUACAGACACGACCUUUGCCCUAAAGUAGUGACAGAUUUUGUAAUAUAGUCAAAAUGUUUCCAAACUUCACUUCACUGUGCCGUAACUGCCCGGCAACCGAUGCUUAUUGGCUGAAAGGUUUUACACAGAGUAAAAUGUUUAUUUAUUAUGACAAAAUAGUUAUAGGGUGCUUCAAAAUAAAAGCACAAAUUUAAAAAGCCAAAUAGAUUUAUUGUUAGAAUAUUCACAUGAGAUGAGAUUUUAACCCAAACCAGAACUGCUGCUGUUUCUGAAAAGGAAUGAAGAUAUGUGAGAUUUUUUAUCAUUUGAAAGCAUUUGAAAAAGAAAAAGAUUUUCAAAAGAAGAAAAAGACUUGUUGUGCACUUGAGAAAACCAAACCAGUUUCACAUGUGUUUGUGGUCCUCUUCCUGCUGUGGCAGCACAUGUCACAGAAAAAAACAUUUCCCAGAAGUCCCCUUGUUAUUCUACUGCUGCUGUGAACUUCAAAUCAAUCUGAAACCUGUUCCCAAAAGUCUGUCAGUUAUAUUGAUCUGUCAAAAUUAUUUUCACAAAUAAGGGGGAAUGUUAUGCAAUCUGAUGGAAAGAAAGGAAGAUUUUCCAUUGCCCUUUGUUAUUCCGAGUUCCCUUCACAACAGUUUACAAACCACACGCUCCUCAGUUGUACAGAAAGUGCUUCCUUACACAUGGCUCCUUCAGCACAGGGUCUGAUGAAGAGGAAAUGAAAUGUUUACGUCACAUUUAUAUCAGACAAAACAACACACUGACACAGCUGCCUCAGCUCUCCACUCUGUCCUGGGUCAUACACUCUGCCCUGGGGCAGACUGAUGGAGACAUGGCAGCCAGCCGCCUCUCUGAUCUCACACAUGUUGUGACAGACCCACUGUUUUCAGAACUAAAGUAAAUAAUCUUAUUUGGCUAAUUUGGAUUUACUCAAUUUAACUGACAAACUAUUUAAUCAGAAAA